CUGGGACCGACGAGGAGGAGGAAGCUUGCUUCCUCGUUUCCGCUUGCACUGUGCUCAGGCAGGCUCAGCGCAUUGCACGGCUGUGUCGCGAGAGACGCGUCACUACCGCCGCGGUGGUCCCUUCCGUCUUUCUUCGUGUCUCCAGCAGGAACGUCAAGAGAGCCCUUGGCCGGACCUCUUCCCUCCGACACCGCGUGAGCCCCCGAAGCAGCAGCAGCCGCCGCCGCUUACGCCGCCGCCAUGCCGAAGAAUAAAGGUAAGGGAGGUAAAAACAGGAGACGAGGCAAGAACGAGAAUGAAUCAGAAAAAAGAGAAUUGGUGUUCAAGGAAGAUGGGCAAGAGUAUGCUCAAGUUAUCAAGAUGUUGGGAAAUGGCAGACUGGAGGCGUUAUGUUUUGAUGGUGUAAAGAGGUUAUGUCAUAUCAGAGGAAAGCUAAGAAAAAAGGUCUGGAUAAAUACAUCAGAUAUCAUAUUGGUGGGCUUAAGAGACUACCAGGAUAACAAGGCUGAUGUCAUUCUAAAGUACAAUGCAGAUGAAGCCAGAAGUCUGAAGGCAUAUGGAGAACUUCCAGAGCAUGCCAAAAUUAAUGAAACUGACACAUUUGGGCCUGGUGAUGACGACGAAAUCCAGUUUGAUGAUAUUGGAGAUGAUGAUGAAGAUAUUGAUGAUAUCUAACUGGAACUGAGAGGUAUACAUUCCAGCGUUCCACCUCAAAACUUAUUUUGUUUCAAGUCCCUAUCUUUAAGAAGAACAAAACUGCACAACAUUUGUAGUUACAGCAAACAAAUCUCUUGGCCAAUGUUUAAGUAUUUAUAUUUCUUUAAGAAACAGAUGAUGAUGGACUUGCAAAAGUGAAAUGAUAUAUUACAACUAUUUUUGUCUCUUUAUCAACUAGACUUUUACAUCUGGGUGUAAAUACACUCCCAUGUUUGCUUCAUCUGUUUUCACCACUAAACUUCACUAACGCUGUGUCUUGAAAUAAAAAUGGCUUGCCCUUUAAUUAUCAUGGAUUUUGAUUAAAUACCCAGUUCAGUCAGGUCAGUUUCCAAUCUGCCAGUGCAGUGUCUUUUUCUAGUAUCCCUUUCCUUGAAGUCAACUUGUAAGAUUUUGAUAAUAGAAGGGACAGAAGUCUUCAUUAAAAUUAAAAUCCAUAGUACCGGAAUCUGCGUUUUAAGUUUUAGUUGCAUGUUAUUUUUAUACUGGUUUUGAUAAUAAAUUUCCUCUUUCACAGAUAAAUUUACCAUAGUGGAAAGAGAAUAAAUUUUUAAAAAUUGUGUAUGUUUGAACAGCUAUUCUGUAUUUGGCAGUGGUAAUACUGACAUUAAACACUGGGGGGCACCAAAUUUAAAUUAUUCAUUAAUUUGAAAUACUUGCACUGUAUCUCUUGUAAUUAAACAUUUUAAAAGGUUCUUUUGCCCUUACAAAAUAAGUGCUCAACAGUUGUGUUUAUACAUACUUAGAAUAUUUUUACAUUACAAAAAAAACUUACGUUUAAAGAAAGUUUUAUUUUAAUCCUAAAAUCCAUACACUGAGGUACAACUGGAGAAAGAAUUUUGUACACUCUGAAUUGGAGUAUAUAAAUGAGAUUGACAAAUUCUGGAAAUCUCUAUCUUCAAUUACCACAUCAGAGAAAUGAAUGGAAUAAGUGUUCAGUUUGAGUGGGAGUAGUGCACCUAAAAAGUUCAAUAAAGACUAAUAUAGUCCUAUAAAUACUGACAAGUUCUGUAUUGGGUUUGUGUCUCUUUAAUGUUGUACUGCAUUCUCUGUUUUUAUCAAGGAGGUUUAAUUGCUGUUAGAUGACACAUUAACAUUAGCAGUUUUUAUAUGAAAUCUUUAAAUUCUUUAAUUUUAUCAUACUGCUAAAGUUUACCUGAGAAAAUAAGAACAUUAGAAUUGAAAAUUCAUUCAGCUGCCUGUGUUUCCAGCUGCAUAUUAUAACAUACCGUGGAAUUAAUUAUGUUGAGAUUUGACACUGAGGAUCUGCUAAGAAGACGUGAAGUCCUAAUAUUGCUUGCCUCAUGACUAUUUAACAUUGUCAAAUGUAAACAAUUCAAUGUUGAUAUGAAUUUUAUCUCUGAUGAAUGAGGGUGGCAGGGAAGCAAGUUUUAAAUUCACAAAGUUGGUGUCCUGUUGCACACUGCAUAAUUUUGUGUGGGGGAUAUAUUGGCUGCUAGACAAUUAUGACAAUAGUUUUAGGAUGAGCAGUUGGUUAGAGCUCACAAUAGGUAAAAUUCAGGCAUUGGCCUUUUUCAAUAAACAAGUAGAUUUGUUAGCAGCAGUAUUAUACAAAUACUUAACUGGGAUGGAACUGGUAAUGUUCCUACCAAUAUUAAGAGAAAAGAUAUAAAGACAAGAGCCAUUUGAUAUCAAGUUGAAUACUGGUCCAUGACUGACCUAAUUCUAUUGACCCUGAUAGUAGCACACUCUAUCUGAAAUCCUUUUUAGCUGUGCAGGUACCAAGAAUUGAAUCUUGAGUCUUCUGUGAGCAAGUUAUGUGGUGUUUUACUGAAUUGUCUUUUUUCUAAAUUAAGAUACCAUUAUAUAUCUAUAACUAUGGUCUAGAGAAGAGUGAUUUCAAGUUUGAUAGCAGACUUCUUCCAGCUGUGAUCUUACCAAAAUUAUGUAUUUGAUCCACCAAGGAGCUGAGCUCAGGGUUGUGUAUGAGUUAAUCCCAUUUUAUCCUCCUUACAACGUGAGCCUGAGAGAAUGUGGCAUGCUUAAGGCUACUCUGUGAGCUUCAUGGCUUAGCAUGAAUGUGAACAUGAGCAUUUUGCGUUCAAGCUCACUUUCCCAGUGGCUGUCAAACUAUAUCUCUAUGAAACGUUUUGGACAAUUCCUGUCACGAUUACUUUAAAAGGCUGUAGUCUCUUCAGCUGACACAGUUAGUCACUUUGCUUAGACUGUGAAUGAGAACAUUACUCCUCCGUUACAGAAGAUGUAAAGUUUGUGCAUGUAUGAACUUCUAAUAGUAUUCUGAUUUUUAAGGACAUGAAUAUAAGACAUUGGACUGUUCUAUCUUUGUUUUCUAAAAAGGAAAAGUUGGUGCCAUGUAACAAUGCAGUAUGCUGGUCAUGUAUAAGUUGCGCAAGUAUGUACUUAAAUAAGUUAAUGGUGGCUUGAUUAAAAAAACCAACUCAGUUAAAAUAGCA